UGUUAACGUGUGUGUGUGUGUGUGUGUGGCGGCUUCCUGUGCAACCGGUCGGUGCAUUUAACAAGCUUUGCUUGCGCCUUGCACCUGCAGAGCGAGCGUAAGUCGAAACUCGUUUAACAAUUUUGAGAGGCUGCUAAACUCGUAAGCAAUCAAACAAAUAAACAAAGCAAAGCAAAGCAAACAAGCAACAACUUGCAACUUGCAACUUGCUACUGCGCCGCAGCGCUGCAGCAGCAGCAGCAGCCAAAUUCUAAGACAUUUAACUUUAUGCACUUCUAAGUCCAAGCAACUACUUGCCACACACAACAACAACAACAACAAAAUGAAGCUGUUACCGCUGCUGCGCCAAACGCUGCUGAUGACGACGCUGCUGCAGUUGCUCCUCCUACUGCUGCUGCUGCCCAGCACUGCCUCGGCCAAGUCGAAGAAUAAAAACAAGUCCAAUCAGAAUUCACACUACAGCGACUCGAACGGUGGCAACAAUCAGGACGAGCCCAAACCGAAGAGCUCACACGAUACUGGACAGCACUUUGCCAUGGAGCCGCAGGAUCAGACCGCUGUGGUGGGCUCACGUGUCACAUUGCCGUGUCGCGUGAUGGGAAAGGUCGGCGCAUUGCAAUGGACCAAGGAUGACUUUGGCCUGGGUCAGCAUCGCAAUUUGAGCGGCUUUGAGCGCUACUCGAUGGUGGGCAGCGAUGAGGAGGGCGACUUCUCGCUGGACAUUUAUCCGCUAAUGCUGGACGAUGAUGCCAAGUACCAGUGCCAGGUGGGACCGGGACCCCAAGGCGAGCAGGGCAUACGCUCGAGAUUUGCCUCGCUCACAGUGCUGGUGCCACCCGAGGCGCCCAAAAUAGCGCAGGGUGACUUCCAGGUAACCACAGAGGAUCGCGAGAUCGAGCUCGAGUGCGUCUCGGCUGGUGGCAAGCCGGCGUCUGAAAUAACCUGGAUUGAUGGCUUGGGCAAUGUUCUUACCGCCGAAAGUUUCUUUGAGCCUCUUACCGAUUCGCGUCGGGUUACAACCCGAUCUGUGCUGAAGCUAACGCCCAAGAAGAAAUAUCACAAUACGACAAUCACCUGUCAGGCUCAAAAUACCGCCGAUCGCACCUAUCGCUCGGCCAAAGUUUUGCUAGAGGUCAAAUAUGCGCCCAAGGUUUCCGUUUCAGUGGUGGGUGGUGCUCUCGCCGGUGGUCGUAUUCCCGAGGGUGCCGAGGUCAUUCUCAGCUGUCAGGCGGAUGCAAAUCCCAGCCAGGUCAACUAUCGUUGGUUUGUCAACGAUGAGAUCAUGUUGGGCGACUAUACUACAAAACUGAUUAUUCAUAAUGUCACAAGGGAGUAUCAUGAUGCCAUUGUCAAGUGCGAGGUGGUGAAUGCUGUGGGUAAGAGCGAGGAGAGCGAAACCCUGGACAUCAGCUUUGGUCCCUAUUUCCGUCAGCGGCCCAAGAGCGUCGAAGCGGACCUUGGCACAACUGUGAGCUUGCAUUGUGGGGUGGAAGGCAAUCCGACACCCGAAAUCGAAUGGAUUAACGAGAACUCGGAUCAGAUUGUGGGACGCACACCUGAGCUGAAACUGAAAGUGAGCAGCGAGACGGCGGGACGUUAUUUCUGCAAGGCGACGGUGAACGGUUUUCCCGAAAUCGGUGCCGAGGCCACAAUCUAUGUGAAGCGAGCACCGAUCAUAACCUCACAUAAGGUUCAAUUCGGACAGGUGGGCGCGAAAGCGAAGCUGGACUGCUUGGCGUUCAGUAUACCCAAGGCGGAUCAGAUAACGUGGAGUUUUGAGGGCAGGGUAAUUAACAUGUCGACGGCCAAUCCGGAUACAUAUAUAUUCGAGGAACAUCAUCUGCCCGAGGGAGUGCGAGCAGCGCUGAUUAUAAAGGACAGUCGCGCUGUGAAUUAUGGCAGAUAUAAUUGCACGAUCUCGAAUCCGUAUGGCAGCGAUUCGUUGAUGAUCAAUUUGCUGAAGGAGCCGAGCAGCGUGCCCGUGCUGCUGGUGGUGAUGGGCUCCAUUGCCUCGGUGGCCAUAGUGCUAAUGGUGGUGAUGAUCGUUGUGGUUUAUCGCAAGCGUCGCAGUCGCAAGAAGCCAAUGCCGGCGGAUGUGAUACCAGAGGCGUCGCGUGGUGGGGAUAAGUUGAACGAACUGAAGAGCGAGCUGCGCGCCAAGGCCUACGAUGUGGAAUACUCUGAAGCAAGCAGCGAUGGACUGGCCAUCAAUCUAACCCGCUCCCCACCCAUGCCCGAUGUGCAAAUGAAAAGCGGCACCUUGGGCGUACCCCUUGCCGGACCCGUUAAAUUCGAUGAGCGCUUCUCGGGCGAUUUCAGCGAUCGCUACAAUCGCCAGUGUCAGCUAAAGAAUAUGAAGAAUCAACAGGAUCAAACCUACAAGGAGACCUACUUUGAGUACGUGCUCGACUAUAGCGCGCCCGUUGAAACCGCCGGCAACAAGUCCAAGUCUAGUUCGGCCACCUUGCCCCACUAUGCUGCCAAUGCCGCUGCCGCUGCUGCAGCCGCUGGCAAUGCCACAACCAGCACUGGCGCCAGUCUACCGCGUCAUCAGCGUCACGAGCUGCUCCAGCUCCAGCAGCAGCAGCAACAUAAACAGCAGCAAGCUCAGCAGCAAGCUAAUGGAUUUUUGGCUGGUCAGCCGCUGCUGCAGAAUGGCAUCGAUAGUCGCUUCAGCGCCAUUUAUGGCAAUCCCUAUCUACGCACCAACUCAUCCAUAUUGCCACCGCUACCGCCGCCCAGCACCGCCAAUCCAGCUGCGACGCCAGCGCCGCCGCCGUACCAUGCAACGCGCCACGCCCACAGCAACGGCGGCUUAAAGCAUUUUGGCGGCUAUGCAGCUGCUGCUGCUGCCGCCGCCUCCGCAGCCAACAGCGUGCCAAUUGGUCCUGGCAGCGUUAGCGGCAGCAGCUCCAACUUGACAGCCAGCAGCAAUACGCUGGCAGCGACGCCACUAACGCAGCCGGCGCUUUGCGCAACGCUUGGCGGCGGCGGUGGCGGCGUCGCCGGCGGCGGAGCCCAAAGUCCCUCCGGGCAAUUCAUAUUGCCUAGCAAUGGCAAAGGCGUUACACAGAAAGGACCGCUGGCCACCCAUGUCUAAGUCUAAGACGUAGGGAAAUGCAAAUUUCGACUGCGCAGCUAACCUCACUUUUUUUUUUUUGAGGGGGGGUUGGGCGGCGCAGCCUUGCAACGAAUUGUUUUUGUGUUCGUUCAAUUGCCUAGACUCUAGUUCAUAGAUAUAUUCGUAACUGUACUAUAUGUGUAAAAG